CCCCAGCACCAGUGUCACGUCUCGUCCUCGAAAACAACGGCAGCUCAGUUCACCUGCGGGCCUCCUGGCUCCCACCUGAAGGAGGGGUGGAGUCCUACCUGGUGACCCUGAGGGCUCCAGGAUCCGACCCUCAGCUACGUCACCUUCUCCCCAACAUCACCCAAGUGGAGUUUGAGGGUCUGACCCCUGGGCGUAGCUACGAGGUGUCGGUCAGCUCCUCAGCAGGCAGUCAGAGCACCGAGAGCAGGAGCACAGCGAGGACAGUGCCGGCGGCGGUGAGCGACGUCAGGGUCAGCAACAACGGGCGCAUGGACUUCCUCAGCGUGUCUUGGAGUCAGGCUGUAGGUGAGGUGGACAGAUACCUGGUGACCCUGAGUGACCGGGAGAGGACCAUUCACACCCUCACCGUGCCCAAGUCGACCCCGACGUGCGUUUUCGACUCGCUGGUGUCUGGACGCCUCUACAACAUCUCCAUCACUACCUGCAGCGGUCUCUACAAAAACCAGACUUUCAUCCAGGAGAGGACACAGCCGUCGAAGGUCCAGAGCCCCACGGCGACCCACAAUGCCUCGGACAGCUACCUGAAGGUGUAUUGGCGUCACGCUGCUGGAGACUUCGACCUGUAUCAGGUGUUCAUCAAGCACAACAACGUCUUCCUGCAAAACAAGACGGUUCCAAAGACGGAGCACAACUGUGUGUUCACCGGCCUGGUGCCCGGCAGACUCUACACAGUGCUAGUGACCACGUGGAGCGGAAAGUACGAAGCCAUCGCCUCCACCCACGGCAGCACCUUCCCGGCGGCAGUGCGUUCCCUGACUCUGGCUGGGCGGGGCACCGAGGACCUGCGGGUGACGUGGUUGGCAGCUCCGGGUGACGUGGAUCACUACGAAGUGCAGCUGCUGUUCAGCGACAUGAAGGUGUUUCCUCCCAUCACUCUGGGCAGCGGUGUGAGGGAUUGCGUCCUGUCAUCACUCACACCUGGGCGGCUUUACAAGAUCAUCGUUUCCACGUACAGCGGCACCAAUCAGAAGGCCCGGUACAUAGAGGGUCGCACAGUUCCCAGUAAAGUGAAGAACAUCCACGUUAGCAACAGCGGAGACAGCAGCAGUCUGAUGGUGAGCUGGACUCCCGGUCCGGGCGAUGUCGACGGAUUCUCCGUGUUUCUGUACAGAGAAAGCCGAAAGUUGAGUAUCCGAAGCGUCCUCAAGCACCAGAACGAGGUGACGUUCGGCUCCCUGCAGCCCGGCCAGGUGUACGCCAUCAUGGUUCAGUCUGUGAGUGGAGACCUGCUGAACAACAACACGGUCACAGGGCGCACAG